AUGGCCUAUGGCAAGUACUCAGGAACCGAUGAGGGAAUAGUAGAGAUAGUGAAGGCCUUCAACCAAGAACUACAAGAACUGAAGAACAAGCUAGUAGAGAGGGCAGGUGCAUAUGCCACAGAAAUCAGCACAGAAAAAUCUAAGGUCAUGGUCAACAGCAUUAAAAGCACCACCACCAACAUCAUCAUGAGAGGGCACAAGCUUGAAGAGGUAGAAGGAUUUAAAUACCUUGGAGCAACAUUAUCCAAAGAUGGCUCUGGCACAGCAGAAAUCCGUAUCAGAAUUGCCACAGCAACUGCUGUUUUCUAUGGGAUUCAUGUCUGGAGAAAGUGCAAGCCACUCCAUUUGAGGUACCUCAGCCUCCUGCCACUAUUCCCUGAUGAUGCGACCUCAAUGAGCUGGGGCAUUGUCAUCCAUAAAGAUGAAAUCGGGCCUGUGUUGCUCAUGCAGAAGCACAACGACUGGAUUAAUGGUGUUAUUCAGAUAGUAUUGGCUUGUCACAGAAUAUCCACAUACUGCAAGAAAUGCAGUAGUUGUGGUAUGUUUUACCGAUACCAGGACUGGAUGCAUGGGCUUCACAACUUUAAUUAUAAAGUGCUGUUAAGCAUCUUUCUAUGCAUCUUCAUAAGGAAUUCUGUUCAGGAUCAUGUGGCAGUUGGAAGGGUGCGUUCCAUAUUGCAAAAGACAACACACGUGCCUUACCCAAAGGAGACAGAGUUUCUUCAUGCAUAUUUACAUUUUGAGGCACUAACUCACCAUGAUUAUGCCUUUUCAUGUCUAAAAUGUGGACAUCAUCCUCCAGUUGUUGUAAUGGACUUACAUAAAAAGGGAGUGUUCAACAUGGCAGUCAGUGACAUAAGUGAGCCAACUGAAACCUUCAAUGGAGAGGUGAAUUCCGAGGAGUUCUGGGAGACUCUUUCAAGGGAGAGGAUUGCAACUGGCUUGUUGAGGAUUGGAGACACAAAUCCUUACACUUUGAAACCCAAUUAUGAGAACUGGGCCCCAUGGAUCGGCAGACACACAUGCAGGUCACCAUCUGUGAUAAACACAGAGUGGAAGAAAGUGCAGACCACAAAUACACUAGACAACAUCGCUGAAAUAGACAUGACAGAAGAGAGACUCAGUGAUGAAUUAAUGAAGCUAAAGCACUAUGCUCUAUCUGACAAGUUCCACGAGGCCAACAGUAAGGAUACGUGA